GGAGGGGGAGGGUGCCGCAGGGGCGGUGGUGAGCCCGGGCUCUCCGUGUGGCCAGGGGAGGCUCCGGGUCAGGACGUUGCACCGCGCAGCUGCACCAGCAGGCUGGCCCGGCCCCGCCCAAGCUGGCCACAACAAGGAAGAUCGCUUCUGGGAGCGCACCUGGGCAGGUGCCGCCGCAGGUGUCGCCAAGACCAGUGACCGACCCCAGGCCCCCAUGGACACACGGGGACCGGAAACCUCCGGCUUAGACACCCUGCAGGAUGCGGCAGAAAAUCUGUUUCAGCAACUUCAAGAGCAUUUUCAAGCUCUGACUGCAACUCUGACCCUCAGGGUGGAAGAAAUGGGGCAUCGCAUCGAGGACCUACAGAAGAACGUAACGGACUUGAUGGUGCAGGCUGGGAUUGAAAACUCCGGCAAAGAACAAAUGGAGAAUUGCUCGGGAACUUAGUCGUGCUGGUGCCCAGGGAGCACAGAGAGAAACCCCAGCCUGUGGACUGAGGACCCGGAGCUGAGCCAGCCUGCCUCAAGCUCACCGUCGGCUCAGAGCUCGCCUGGACAGCACUCCCACGGCAGCCCUUGUUCCCAGCCCUCCCCUCUGCUGCUCGGCCCUGCAAAUACAGCCUUUCUUCUCCCCA